UUUCUAGCGACCUCUACUUUCUCUUUCUCUCUCCUCACUUUACACUCUAAUCCAGAAAACCACAUCUCAUACCUCUCCUUCCACCUCCCACUCCUUAUGAAACUCACAAGAUCACCCAACCUUACCCCAUAACUCAUAACCUUUUUUUCUCAACAAACCUCUAUUGAUAAUCUCACUCUUUCUUUCUCCUUUCUCUUUCACACCCAACAAUGAUGUCAUCGGAAAAUAUCCCUCCGGUGGCUCACCAACCGGAAAACCAUCAUACAAGUCACCGAAAAUCCACCUCCCAAAAAACCCCAGAACAACCCCUACCCCAACCACCUCCUCUUAAGUGCCCUCGUUGUGAUUCCUCCAACACCAAAUUUUGCUAUUACAAUAAUUAUAGUUUAACCCAACCUAGACACUUCUGCAAGACUUGUAGAAGGUACUGGACUAAAGGUGGGGCCCUAAGGAACGUUCCAAUCGGCGGUGGUUGCCGUAAAACCAAGAAACAUAAACCCACUUCAUCUUCUUCUUCGUCCAUAACCCGACUCGAUAUCUCCAGUGGGCCAGGAACUGUUUCCCAUUUCAAGUUCCUGGCCCAACCGACCGUAACCCCUGCCAUGGAGUUUCAACUGGGUGGACUCGCCUUACCUCGACUCCACCCAGCUACGGCAGGGGUUUACACCCAGUUUAUCACCAGUUCCGGAACCCAAACCCAUUCUGUAGGGUUGGGUUCCGGGUCAGGUGAGUGUUUUGGGUUGGACUUGUUGGGUCUUGGUAAUUACCCACCAAUUCCAACCUCAUCUAAUGGUUGUGGAAGUGGUGUUGGUGAUCAUAAUAUAUCAAUCUCUUCAAUUGAGUCAUUAAGCUCAAUUAAUCAAGAGAUGCAUUGGAAAUUACAACAGCAAAGAUUGGGUUUGUUGUAUGGGCCCACAACAAUGGAAGAUGAUCAUAAUAAUCAUCAGGAAAAACCCAUUGAAGGAGAAGGAAUGGAUUUGUUUAAGAAUUUGGAAAAUGCAAGAAAAAUUGAUAAUCAAGUUUCUGGUGAUCAUAAUACUCCAAAUAAUAACCCUACAGAAUGGUUAUUUGAACAAAUUCCAGUUAAUUAUGGUUCUUCUGAAAAAAGCAAUAAUAACCAUGAAGAUUUUAAUGGAGUUUGGGCAACUGAAUUACAUCAACAUCAUCACCAACAUCAGUUUAAUGGUUUGCAGUAAGAGAUGAAGAUUUGAAGAUUGUUGUAGAGAGAGAAACAAGAGAGAGGUAAAGGGUAUUAUCAGCUGGUUUUCAUUUUACAUAAUUAAUUUUAUAUGACAAAUUAGGAAAAAAAAAAAAAGGUGAAGGUUAGAUUUUAAUUAAGAGUAGUUAAAUUUAUAAGCAUAUUUAGCUUGCCUCAUCCAUUUUGAUAUGGUUUCAGUUGUAAGUAAAAAGUUGACCUUUUAUGUAAAACUUUGGUUAAUUUAUCAUGGUGGUAUAAUUAUAUUUUAAAUUCAUAAGUAUAUUUCUUUUAAUUUAAUCUGAAUAAAAAAGUAUAUAUUUGUUAAUUUUUACUACAUAAUCAUAUUGGAUUGUAUUUCUUCCGGU